AGUUUCUAUUCACUGAAAUUGUUUUGACUAUUUCUUGAGUUUUUUCCCUAGUAGCGAGUAAAAAAGAAUGCGUCGUCCUCCACGCCUCUACGUCGCCAAAGCCGUUGUCUUUGUGGCCACAACUACGUCGUUCUCAUCUUCCGCAGUUGUAUAUGCGACAAGUGUGAGCAGACAGCACCACCAGGCGGGAAAGACAGAAAAUAAGGGUGCGAAAGGCCCACUAUACGACCACAUUUUGAGUGUGGCUACUCAAAUCCAACAUUCUGUUUAUGAUGGAAUCGAGAGUUUGAAGGUACUGGAAUCCUUCUUUAUUUACUGUUCCUUUUCACUCUUGUAGUUCUGCAGCUGCAUCUACUCUACUACGAAAGAUUAAGAUAAAGAUUGUCUUUGGAUACACAUGCUUUCUUCUAGAGAUAGAACCCCCUGAGGAAAUGAGGAUCAAGAAGCCAACGUGGAAGAAGAUUUUCAGUAAAACACAAAUAUGAAAACUGUUUCAGGCUACCGCCACCCAAGCUGCAGCAAGCACGAGCAGUUCCUCCUCGUCUCCUGACCAGGACGCAAACAAGGGCACUGAAGAUGUAGUCGUGCAAGAACAACAACAAGGAGAAGUCUCCACGAGGACACCUACCGCAGCACCAAAAUCCACCAACAACAAAAACAACAAAAACAACAAAAACAACAAAAACAAAAACAUCAACAUUUCCGCCGCUGCAUUCAACAAAGAAAUUCUAGUAUGAACAAACGGACACGCUUGUGGAGGAGGUCAAAAUUUAGGGAAAAUUAGGGGAUAUUAUGGUUCCCUAAUUUUCCCUAAAAUUCGUAUGUGGGUUUACGCGUGAUGUCCGUUUCUUUGUUUCUAAUUCUAGCCAAAUUGGAUCGCAUUGAAAAAGCUGAGCAACGAGAGGAACUCGAAUUGAGGAUCCUUCAAUCUGAAAUCACCGGUCAUGGUGGUAAGCUGAUUGGAAAGGAGAGGAAGCGAGUAGUUGGUGGUCGUGACACGGGGAGGAGUAAGAAACAGGACAAAGGCCGACGUGAGCAGACGAGGAGGAGUACUAGAACAAGUACAACUGUAGGUGGAGGAGGUCGUGAAGGAAAUGGCAGUAGUUCUACAACGGAGAAGGAGAACACGGAGAAAGAUGUUGCGCAGCAACAUCAACGUCGUGAAGGGGAUGCUUCUUCUUCUUCCAUGACUAAAAAAGAGUUGAGCAAAGUGGUGAAGAAUGCAACUUCAACAUCCACUUCUGUUGGCAACCGCUACGCCAGUGCUCGUUUUGUGAUCCGACAGCGUCAGCGCGCGGAACGUGAGAAGGCAAGGAAAGAACGACUUUUGAAGAAGAAAUCUGCGGGAACGGCAUCAAAGUCGACAACUCAGUCAAAGAAACAAGAAGCGCAAGAAGAUGAACCAGCACCUUCUCCUUCACCGAAGUCAAAGAAGCAAGAGGUCCUCCAGUCAAGACUUAGCUCCAGCACGACCAGUAGUGCUACCACCUCGGAGCAAAAGGACAAGCAGGUAGAUAAGCAUCAAGGAGGCGUCCUACGCGCAGUAUCUUCGGCGAAGACGGACGAUGGUAAGGGUGAUGAAGAGCUUACUACAACGGUGGAAGAAAAACAUACCAAGACUGCCGCUUCACCGACAACUCCAACACAGGAAACUCCCACCUCAUCUACAACCAGCAGUGCUACUGCUUCUCCCCAGAAGGUGGAUGAGAAACAAGAUGCUGUGGUUCCUGUACAACUAGUUGUAGGCCAUAGUAAAAGUAAAACUUCGACCUCAUCAUCAAUCAGUGGCACAAGCGACUCUUCUACAUCGUCCGACGUCGCCGAUGAUGACAGUGAAGAAGAGGACGAUGAGGAAGGCUAUGACGACGACGACGCAGGCGGUGCUGAAGACAAGGCUUCGCCUAAGCAUCCACCAGGCAAGGCGUUCCCGAAGAACAUAGCGAAGGAGGAAAAUGCUGCUAGUUUGGUGUCAACGGUCGUGCGACAGCAGGAGAAGGAAGUGGUAGACAAGCAGGUAGAAGAUGCUAAGAAGGAGAAAACCACUGCACCUGCUGUUACCUCACCUGUGUCCUCUGCUGCUCUUGUCACUUCAACGAAAGCGUCGACCAAGACGACUGAAAAAGCAGACUUGUCUAGUACGACUCAAGAACAAAAGCACAAGGCAGUUGAGAUGAAAGUAGCUGAACAUCAACCACUCUCAGGAGCUGCAGAACCCGCGAAAAAGACAGCACUAGCAGCUGUUGUCGAUGAACACAAAAAGGCAUCCUCGAGCAGUAUUAGAAGCUCUUCUUCCAAGAGGAGCAAGAAGGUCGAUCAUUCCUUGUACGCAGACUACAUGCGCGGUGCGGCGCCGUCAGCGCAGUAUCGUCGCAAGCAUCACAUGAUCAAGCGGACGCACGCGAAGAUUAUGAAAUGAUUUUUGAUAGCCACCUAAGUACUUUUUGUAGUUCCUAGUAGAUUCCGGUAGACUCAAUUUAAUCACAGGAAACUAGUACAGUUGAUCAUGCGCCGUAAGCCUAUGAUAAUCUUCACCUACUUCCAUAAAUCUUAGAAGUAGCUGGAGUGCGAACCUCCCCAAUCUUUAGCUUUUUAUAUGCGACAAGGUAGCGGUGCAGGUCGCUUUUCUGAUGUCAGAAAACUCCUUUCAUUCCCUACGAUUCGCAUGAAAUCGUGACACCAGAGGAGAUGGAAAAGUGGUUGCAAAAUUACAGGGACUCUGCGGAUGCUAGCACCAACCAAGAACUCGACAAGGAGUUUAAGGAUAAUGCAAGCGGAAGCGCUAGCAAUGGCGGAAGCAUGAACCUGGCAAGCGCUUUGGCAGGAAUUAGGUGAAAUGGUGGCGGUCUUCGUAGGAAAGUCCGUCAUGACGGUAAAUGGUCUGUAUGGGAGUUGUUUUAGGUGGGUAGAAAUUAUAGCCAGAGAAUUCCAGUUAGUACCAGUUACAUGUGGAUGUGUAUAAAAGAACAAGUUCGAUAUGGUAGAAUAAGUAGUUGAAUGAUCACUAGUCGACAAUGGUUGAUAUUGCACAGAAGAUGAAAGGUUUAUGUUGCUGCAAAGAUAGGUUUUCAUGACAAGUACCUACUAGAGAUCAUGCGAGUAAUAUUCUAGAAGUGAUUUCUUCGUAUACAACAUCGUUUUUUCCAAUCCACCUAGACAAAUCUGACCUGCAUUGCACAGUGAUGAAGGAAAAGAAAGUCCGUGAAUGAGACGAGUCAG